UCGGUGGGCAUGCAAACAAAAAAAUCCCUGCCACCUGCACACAACAGGGGCAGUAAUUUACAAUAUUCCAUCGACAAUCCGAUUUGGGCAAUGGCAUUACUCAGAUAUGUUUCAUGACAAUAACUGAUCAUGCUAGCUAGUAGUAGGUAACGGCCAACGAGCCGUUCAUAGCAGGGAGAGAAGAGGCAUAGGAUUGCAGAAUAUUAAGAGGAUAACUCCACUCCACUUCAUCUCCAUGGAUCUCUCCCUUUCUGACACUGUCUGUGUGCUCUGGGGCUGUGAGCUGAAUGACACCCAGAGAAAGGCAGUGUUUGAAAUAGCGGAGGAUUUGUUGGAGCAUCAGUUCUUUAUCCGAACGAUGUGUCUGAGUGCAGAGGCCAGUAAGGAGAUGCAUGUGGUGGAGGUACAGGACAGAGUUGGGGAAUGCUGCAAGCCAGUGCCCAUUGCCACACUUCACCCUAUGUGCCAGCCUAUGGUCAGUUUCAGUGGGUUUGAGCUCAUCCCACCUGUCAUCUUCAACCUUCGCUCUGGGCAGGGCCCCCUCUUCAUUUCUGGACAGCAUUUGACAUUGGUCUAUGAUGAGGAGGAGGAGGAGGAGAAGGAGAAGGAGAAGGACGAGGUCUUCUCAUCAACACCCCCCACUUGGUAAGUAAACAAAUCUCGAACUUCUAAGCUUCAUAACAGGAUUACCUUAUGGC